AUGUCCGACGUCAGCGCGUUAUUCGCCAAGAAGCGGUCUGGAAAGACCAAAAAGAGCAAUGUCGUCAGCAUGGAUGCCGUUGGAGAGGUCCUGGAACGAAAGGCACGUCGCCAGGAAGUGCAAGCCGCCGAAGCCGAAGCAGACAAGGGCCGUAACGCUGCCCACGAUGAGUACAGCUUCUUGAAAAAUCAGGAGGAGAGCGAGUGGAUUGAGACUUAUGAGGAUGGGGAGCAUGGCAGACUGGAAGGUCUGAAAAUCAAGGAUAUGGGUGCGGAGAGUUCAGAGGAGGAUGAAGAGGAGGAGCAGCCUGUGCAGAAGCCGGUCCCUGUUGAGCAGCAGCAUAAGGGAUGGGGAGCAACAACUAAGAAGCCAGAGGAUGAUGACGAGGAGGCGGCAACGCAAUCGGAAGUUCCGCGUGGGCCUCCGGCUCGAGCUGGUCGCGGUUACGUGCCUCCGUCAAUGAGGGGCGGUGGAAGGGCACAGGCUGCUAAUAUUGAUAUUAGCAAUGAGGAGAUGUUCCCCACCAUCGGCGCGGCCGUCGAGAUCGAGAAGCACAACAAGGAGGAGAAGAAGAAUCCUUGGGGCAAGGUCGAGUCGUCCGGCUCCUCCUCAAGCCGGGGUGCUAAUACCUAUCAAGUUGGAGGCAGAACGGAUAUGACCGCUUCAAUGGCUGCCGGAAAGAACGACGCGAUCGCCGCGGUGCGCGCGAUGGCUCAGGCAUCCGGUCCGGUGGUUCCCCGUCAGCCGCGCCCGGAACCUGCUGAACCCGCCGCGCCUGCCGCGCCAAAGGGCAACGCCUACGUGCCCCCGCAUCUCCGCAACCGGAAC